GGGCGGCCGAGGAGCUCCGGGCGGCGGCGGCGGCGGACUCGCUCGGCCGGCUGUGCGCGCCCUCCCCGGCCCUGGUCUCGCCCGCUCGGCCGUUAGGGCCGGUGCCGCGGCUUUGUGCGCGGGCAUGGUGUAGCCCCCGCCGCCGCGCGGAGGAGCCGGCGCGUGGCUCCGUCUCCGGCUGCGUCCCCGCCCCCGGAGGAGCGACCCCCUCGGCUCGGCGUCUCCCGGCUGCUGGGGACCCCUCGGCGCCGCCGGCACCAUGAGUGAACAGAGUAUCUGUCAGGCAAGAGCUGCUGUGAUGGUUUAUGAUGAUGCCAAUAAGAAGUGGGUGCCAGCUGGUGGCUCAACUGGGUUCAGCAGAGUUCAUAUAUAUCACCAUACAGGCAACAACACAUUCAGAGUGGUGGGCAGGAAGAUUCAGGACCAUCAGGUCGUGAUAAACUGUGCCAUUCCUAAAGGGUUGAAGUACAAUCAGGCUACACAGACCUUCCACCAGUGGCGAGAUGCUAGACAGGUGUAUGGUCUCAACUUUGGCAGCAAAGAGGAUGCCAAUGUCUUCGCAAGUGCCAUGAUGCAUGCCUUAGAGGUGUUGAAUUCCCAGGAAACAGGGCCAACAUUGCCUAGACAAAAUUCACAACUGCCUGCCCAGGUUCAAAAUGGCCCAUCACAAGAAGAAUUGGAAAUUCAAAGAAGGCAACUACAAGAACAGCAACGACAAAAGGAGCUGGAGCGGGAAAGGCUGGAGAGAGAAAGAAUGGAAAGGGAGAGGUUGGAGAGGGAGAGGCUAGAAAGGGAAAGACUGGAGAGGGAGCGACUAGAGCAGGAGCAGCUGGAGAGAGAGAGACAGGAAAGGGAGCGGCAGGAGUGGCAGGAGCGCCUGGAGCGGGAGCGCCUGGAGCGCGAGCGGCUGGAGAGGCUGGACCGAGAGAGGCAGGAGAGAGAGCGGCAGGAGCAGCUAGAAAGGGAGCAGUUGGAAUGGGAGCGAGAGCGAAGAGUAUCGAAUGCUGCUCCAUCUUCAGACAGCUCCCUGUAUAGUGCUCCACUUCCUGAGUAUGCCAGUUGCCAGCCUCCUUCAGCACCUCCUCCAUCAUAUGCUAAAGUCAUCUCAGCUCCAGUGUCAGAGGCCACUCCUGACUAUGCCGUAGUGACCGCUUUGCCACCUACUUCCACACCCCCCACACCACCACUUCGACACCCAGCGACCCGUUUUGCAACAUCUCUAGGUUCAGCCUUCCACCCUGUUCUUCCCCAUUACGCUACAGUUCCUCGUCCUCUGAACAGAAACUCUCGGCCUUCUUCUCCUGUGAACACACCCUCCUCUCAGCCUCCAGCUGCGAAGCCCUGUGCCUGGUCUCCUUCCAAUUUCUCGCCCCUCCCUCCGUCUCCUCCAGUCAUGAUUAGCAGCCCCCCAGGCAAAGCUACGGGUCCAAGGCCUGUCCUCCCUGUUUGUGUUUCUUCUCCUGUGCCCCAAAUGCCUCCAUCACCAACUGCACCCAACGGGCUGCUUGACUCGGUAGCAUACCCAGUGUCUCCACCGCCUACCUCGGGGCCCGCAGCGCCGCCUCCGCCACCUCCACUGCCUUCCCUCGCGCCACUCGCACACUGUGGAUCUCAAGCCUCUCCUCCUCCAAGCACCCCCGUUGCCUCAACUCCCUCAUCCAAGCCUAGUGUUCUCCCUUCUCCCCCUGCAGCUGCCCCCGCCUCUGUGGAGACUCCUCUAAACUCUGUGCUGGGAGACUCCUCUGCUUCUGAGCCAGGCUUGCAGGCAGCCUCUCAGCCGGCCGAGACUCCAGCCCAACAGGGCAUUGUCUUGGGACCACCUGCACCUCCACCCCCGCCUCCCCUCCCACCAGGUCCUGCCCAGGCUUCAGCCACACUCCCUCCACCCCCAGGACCCCCUCCACCCCCUCCUCUUCCAUCCUCAGGGCCUCCGCCUCCACCUCCGCCACCCCCUCUUCCUAACCAAGUCCCCCCUCCGCCUCCACCACCGCCUGCUCCUCCUCUCCCUGCAUCUGGAUUUUUUGCGGCAUCCAUGUCGGAAGACAAUCGCCCUUUAACUGGACUUGCAGCUGCAAUUGCUGGAGCAAAGCUUAGGAAAGUGUCGCGGAUGGAGGAUGCCUCUGUCCCAAGCGGAGGGAGUACCAUUGGCGUGAAUUCGGCCUCAUCUAAAACAGAUUCAGGUCGUGGAAAUGGACCCCUUCCUUUAGGGGGUAGUGGUUUAAUGGAAGAAAUGAGUGCCCUGCUGGCCAGGAGGAGAAGAAUUGCUGAAAAGGGAUCAACAAUAGACACAGAUCAAAAAGAGGACAAAAAUGAAGACCCAGAGCCUGUGGCUUCUAAGGCCUCUUCAACAAGUACACCUGAACCAACGAGAAAACCUUGGGAAAGAACAAACACAAUGAAUGGCAGCAAGUCGCCCGUCAUCUCCAGACCCAAAUCUGCACCCUCGUCCCAGCCCAGUGCCAACGGAGUCCAGACGGAGGGGCUGGACUACGACAGACUGAAGCAGGACAUUUUAGAUGAAAUGAGAAAAGAAUUAACGAAGCUAAAAGAAGAACUCAUUGAUGCAAUCAGGCAGGAACUGAGCAAGUCAAAUACCGCGUAGAGCCACAAACUAAGGAGAAGAGAGGACUUUAAUCUAGAGAAAGAAGAAAAAACCUACAAACAACAAACGCCUAGAUUUUGUGAGCUGUAAGAAGAAAAUGGAGACAAACAGUCAGAAGGAGGGAAAAACCAACGUGUUUGAAAGCCUUCAGACAUUCUUACUCUGGUGAUAAGCUAUUUCCCUCCCAGUUUGCUGCUUUUUUCUGACCUUUUCAACAGGAUGGAAGAGAGUCAUGUAAGAGUUCCUACGACAGUUAUGCAGAAAAUACUAAACCCGUCAGACAGGAUCACCGUGCAUUGAAAUAUUUUCAUGUCGAGAAAAAAAUUGCACACUUCCCACAGUCCAUUGCUAAAAUAAAGAAGAAAAAGGCUUAAGAAGUGUUUUUCAGAGAGCGCUGAUGAAGAAUUUAGCAAGUUAUGCUAUUGUAUUGUAAAUGUUUCUCUCAGGUUUGUCUUCCUAUCAUAUUUGAUAUUCCAUGAAUAAUUGAGAUGUAGGUUAAGAUCAUAAAAUGUGGAACAAAUGGAAUUGUAUGUGCUUUUCAAGGGUGAUAUUUAUCAGAAAGUGUCCUAAAAAUGACUUGUCCAGCUUGAGGAAUUUUAGAAUGAUAGGAAGUCUCUCGAGUUAGCCUUCAUGCAAUUUUGUAGAUUAAAACAUAAAAUUCGUCCAGAAUUUAAAGAUUUAGAUGCCUUCCUAAAUUGUUACAAUGCUUUACCAAAUCUAUGACUCCUACAUAACACAAACCAGUGGUCAAAUGUAAAACAAUAUAUUGUAGAUUUACUGUAGGUUUUCAACCUUUUUUAGAUUUAUGCAUGUGGACAUUUUUAUAACGUAAUUACAACCACCACAAAGUUAGCUUUUUUAAUUGCAGACAGUAAUGCAUGUCACACUAAUACGUAGUGGCCUUUGCAAGGCCUAGUCCCAGGGAGAUCGUUUUGUAGAGUAUAGGGGAGUGGGAGGAAGGGAAGGAAUAAGUUUUUAUUUAAAGUUAACUUCUGCACUAUCUUUUUUUUCUCAAUUACCUGCAUGAAUAAUAAUGAGGAAUAUUUUGUGACUUUAAUUGGUAAAUAUGUUAACAGAACCAAGUACUUAAUCUGUUACAUCAUGUCUUCAGCUAUUUGUAUUUUAGCUUCAGUAAUUUCGAUGGUCUGAAACGUGACUCUGAGCUUCCCGAGUCCCCUCUCACUGUGGAGCUCAGAGGCUCGACCCCGGGUUUGGCGGUUGCCAUCCCCUCGGGGCCCUGCAGUUGUACAGGUGUCCAGGUACAUGCUCCUGACAACGAAGCUGCUUUUGAACUUUGUUAUGUUGAAAUACAAGAGUUAACAAUGAUGGCAGCCAUUAGGAUCUCAGAAAUCAUUAGGUGAAGGGAAACCAAUGAAGACUUCUUCAUGAUUUUCUUUGAAUAAAUAAAGCGAGACUUAGGUGGUGGGAAGAGGAACUAGACACCCAAGUUCUCAUUGUGUGGGUGCGCACGUGUGUGGGUGCGCGUGCGUGUGGGUGUGCGCAGGCAGGCGUGUAUGUAAUCCACUCCCUUUUCUUCGAAACUCGUAAGAUUAAAAGAGGGGAGAAAUCCUGUAUGUUGCAAUGAUAGAUUUCUUUUUGAAAAUUUAGGAAAUCAGAAAUUCUCCAGGCUCUCCAUCUUGAUUUAUGCUUGAGUUGUUAUGUGCCAUAUUUGCUUUGAAAUUUUUGAGUAUCAGAAGUUCUACUAAAAUUUUGGAGACAUAAUCCAUUUUCAUCUGCUUUCUAGAUUUCUUACCUCUCGGUUCAUAAGGACAGAGCUUGUGGAUAGCUUAGUUUUCUAAAUGCUGCCCUUCUGCAGCCACUACCACUGCAGAGAGGUUGGAAUGAGGGAAUUUUUUUUCCUUGUUAAAAUAGUUCUUGUUUCUGUAGAAACUUCAUUUUGAGAUUAAUCUGUGAUGGAUGAGCUAUCAUAAUUCAAUAAUACAGUUCUUUUUUCUAUAAACUAUUCACCGUCAUGCAAUAGUAGUGAAGGCUUAUAAGUACUAUUUUCUAAAAGAAAUAGGAGGCAUUUUCAUCUUUAUUAUUGUACUUUUGGUUAUGCAAACACUUUAAUGAUACAAACGUUUAUGUCCCCUAUAAAUCUGGUCAGAAAUCACUUUCGAUUUUGUUGGUUAAGUUAAAUAGUCUAUGGUAGGAUAGAGUACUGGGUACAGUGGUCCAAAGUAAGGUAAAAGACUACAAUAAAUUGCUAGAUCUUAAAAGAAACCGGUUUAUGCACUAAACGUUUUGUGCCUUGGUCUAAUAUUGACACGAUGUCUGUGUAAAAUGACAAGAAGAACCAGUGUCGAAUCACAUUCUAUUUUCCAUCAUUUUGCACUAUCCCAGAUUGCUAACUGUGUUCUUUCCAAGAGGUUUGAUUGAAUUACUCUAUAUAUUUACUGUCAGGCGUGACAGUUUUGUCAUUGUUAGAGAUUUCAGUAAUUAAAAUGGGAAACAGAAGCUUAAGUUAUUUUCCUCCUCAAAACUGUGUUCCUUGGAACCCCUUAUUCCGAUGGUUUCGUGCUCGUGUACAUUGGAUGUCUUACGCUGAGCGAAGUUCAGGGGCCCUUUUUCAUUACAGGAAGGCACUUCUUCCCUCAACACUGUGAUCUGACCUGUGACAAAUCUGUACCAUACGCUCUGUCAAUGGCUAACCAGUCAAUGCAAACCAACUGAAUGUACAAAUCUUAGUGCUGGUGCUGAAAUCUCUUCAGAACAGACAUCACGGUUUCAAAGUUUGUUUCGAAAUUUGCGAGCAUCAAGUGUCACUCAAAACUGAAGAUGAAACACUAAUGAAUGUCGGAUUCUCAUGCUUUAGGUGUACUUCCUGUUUAGAUCUUUCGGUUCUCUGCUAUUUUUACCGUACUGUUUCAUUUAAAUUUCCUACACGCUAACUUCGUUUGUGCGAUUGAAAUAAAAUUGCGGUAUAUACA